AUGGGAGCCCAACUUCACACCGCUGAUGAGAUCGAAGCAAUUGAUGCACUUAAUUCACUUUUGGAAGAACAGGAUGACACAGCUACAGUUUCAGCGGAGUUUGAAAAAAUCCCCUUUACAAAAGCACAUGACAAUUUGACGUUUAAACAACGUCAAGCAUUAAGGGACCUGGGCAGAAUGGACGACAUUGUCAUCAAACCCUCUGAUAAAGGGGGAAAUGUCGUCCUCUGGCCCAGGUCCCUUUAUGAGAAGGAGGCAUUGCGACAAUUAAAAGAUGGUGUGUGCUACAAGCGCCUAACUUUUAAUCCAUUAACUAAAUACAAGGAGGAUCUUUUUUGUAUCCUGGAUGAGGCUUGUACGAAUGGGGUCUUAAGCAGGAAACAAGUGGAAAGUUUAUUACCAACCCAUCCCAUGAUUGCGACCCUUUACCUCUUACCUAAGGUUCAUAAACAGUUAGUUAAUCCCCCUGGGAGACCGAUUGUGUCUGGUAAUAACUCUCUAACUGAACCGAUUUGCAGGUAUAUUGACUACUACUUGAAACCGAUUGUGGAAUCCCUCCCCUCACAUCUUAAGGAUACGACAGAUGUCCUCAAGCGACUUGAUGGUAUACAGCUGGAUGAGUCUACCCUAAUAGUCACAUGUGACAUUGAAUCUCUGUACACAUCCAUUCGACACACCGAUGGCAUGGAAGCGGUACGAAUCUUUCUCUCGAUGACGGACCUGGAUCCAGACCUAUGUCAAUUCCUCAGAAUGAGGAGAAUAUGUUCUAAUGAGGAGUUCUUCGAACAGCAAGCCAAGGACCUUAAAGACCGCUUCCAGGAACGUGGCUAUAGAAGUGCUGACAUCCAAAGGGGAUACAACAGAGCAAAAUCCACCUCAAGACCUACUCUUCUGACCCAGAGAAAGAAACAGAAAUUAGACACACAGGUGAGAGAACUGAGGAGAAGGGUACGUGAACAUGUCCUGGGGAUUGAGGCUGCAAGAGACAUUGAAGAUCUAUCUACUUUGAAAACAAUACCUCGUCAUUUUCGAGAACAUCAUGGGUGUGACAGCAAACUCCUCAAGGGCACCCUAACCGGAUCCGAUGGAAGAUACGAACUUAUGAAAUUAUCCUUGCAGCAGUCCAGGAAAUGGCUGGUUUUAUCCAACAUCCAAAAAAUUUCUUCACCGAUACAUGCAUAUAAAACAAUUCCUGAGACCGAGCAGAGAGGAGAAGCAGCGGCAGCACAGCAGAUCAUGAAACAUAAGGCCUUCUUCAUCAUCUUGGGCCUCCUUUCUGCCACCAUCUUCCUGACAAUUAGAUGGAUUGGUGAGUCUGAUGUCACCAUGUCUAGAGUUCCUCUUGAGAUGCCCCAGACAACCGCCAUCAUUCCAGUGCUAAGACAGUCAUUGACUCUUCAUGAUGGGAAAUUUGAAUAUCACUUGAACCUCUCCAGUUUUCAGUUGGAGUUCCCGAACCUACAGACGUACCAAUGCUCGAUGAUCCUCAGUCCACAUGUUGCACCAUACGAGGACAGUGACCUACCGCUAAUACUUUUGGCCAUAAAAUCCCAUCCAAGAGCUGGAAAAAGGAGAAAUGCCAUACGACAGACCUGGGGCAAUGAACAAGAACUGAAAGGCUACAAGCUGAGACGACUCUUUUUGGUGGGAAGGACAGAGGUGUUGGGAACAAUGGAGAUAGUGAAGGUGGAGAGUGCCACUUAUGGGGACAUCCUACAAUGGGACAUGACCGAAGGGCAUCACAACUUAUCUCUGAAGGAACGUUGCUUCCUGGAAUGGCUGCACCACAAUGUCCCCGAAGUGGAUUACAUAUUUAAGGGUGAUGACGAUGUGUUCGUGAACACAGAAAUGGUGGUUGAUCUUAUUAAAGACUUUGGUUCUCCCAAUGUAAUUCAUGGCUAUCAUCAGCAUCGUCCACCUGUUAUGCGUCAGACCAAAUACAGCAUCACUAAGACCCUAUACCCAUCGGGACACUAUCCUGGAUUUGUGUCAGGUGGAGGCUUCAUCUUCUCAGGACCCUCAGUGCCCAGUCUAUACGAAGCGUCUUGUAUAAUGCCGGUUUUCCCAUUGGAUGAUGUAUAUUUUGGGUUCCUGGCCUUGGCAGCAAAUUUGACUUAUAGACAUGACCCUCGUUUCCAUGUACGUGGGCUGAAGUACAACACAUGUAGAUACAAAAAGGCAUUGCUUGUACACGGAAUAAGCCCAGAAAUACUGCUCGUGAUAUGGAGAGAGGUGAACGAGAACAAGUGCGAGAACACAGAACAAAAGAAGAGUUAAUGAAGGAUGGGGAGCAGAGAAGAGAGAUAAUUAAACGGGGCAUAGG